AAAUUAGUGAUCAUGUUCAGUGUAAUUAACCCACUAUAGUAAAGUGUUGCAUAUAAUGCUGUGAAUUUUAUUUUAUUUGUCUAAUUAUUUUGUAUGGCUAGAACUGAAAGGGCAGAUAAGGUUUCAAUUCCCUGGGUUCCCCCUAAAAGGAAAACGAAUUCUAGGUUAUCUGUACAUUUUUUUUUUUUCCCUGAAUCAGUUUUUUUCCUCUCUCUCUCUGCAUCUUAUCUAAUUAGAUGUUGCUUACAGACCAACAUUUUUUUUUUUUUUUACCUAAAGUAGGCCUAGUUUUAUGGACAGUGGAGAAAAUGUCAAGUAUAUAUGCUAUUUAAACAACAAUGGAAGUUCAGUUAUGCUAAUUCUCAUUGGACGUUUUUAUUGAUAACAGUAGCUUCAGUUGCUAAAUUCAUGCUAAGUUUUAUGAAAACGCCAAAUAGCAAAGCUAAGCACUGCUUUUAAGAACAGUAUUAAAACAGUAUUAUCCACUUAAUUUGUCUUUGUAAGAGUUGCAAGCAUAUACAUGUAUCAAUCUGCACAAUACACAGGAAUUAAUUUAGAAAAAAUAAUUAUUUUUGAUAAACCAUAAAUGAGUUUUACCAUUUUCAUACUUUUUACCCCAUAUUUCUAAACCAUGAAAUCUUUUAUUAAUAAUAAGUGUUUUUAAGGGUGUCUCCCACUUUUAAAACUUAAAACAGCCUAGUUAUGUGUUUUGGUUACUAUAGAAAUCUUGAGAUUAAUCAUGAUUGAUAUUUUAUUGACAGGCAUACGUUGUUUGAAUUAAAAGCACCUGAAAGCAAGCUUGUGUAUUUAUUGUUAUAGCAGAAGUACAAGAAAAAAACAACAACAACAUCAUAAUCGAAAUCAGUGCUAUAAAACACUGUAAUAAUAAUAAAUAAAAAAUAAAAAAAACGCAGACUGCUUGCAUUUGUGUACAUGCGAGUCAUGUGAUCUCGUGAUAGCCCACUAAUACAUUGAUUACAGAAUUUACCUGUUCAGGUAAACCCCGCCCACAAAUGGAAGGACUACUUACAGUAGAGCAGUGACUUUCUUGAGCGCGCGCACACCAAUAAUUUCAGCCAAAGACAGCCACAACAGUAGCAGGAGCAUCCACCGAGUUUUCUUGGGAAAGAUGUUUCUGUAUGUUCUCUUUUGCUGUGUCGGGGUCGUGCACUGUUACGGUAACGGACUUGUCAGCGUAGUGUGUGACUCUAUGACGCCUAUUCACCGCAGUUACAGCGCUCAGAGCACCACUGCUCCGUUCAGCAUCACUACCGACAAGACCACCUUUAAAGAGGGAGAUCAAAUCACAGUAUUGUUAAGCAGCCAAUCAGGAGAUCAGUUUGAAGGGUUUAUGUUACAAGCACGUCGAGUUGGUUCUUCUACUCCCAUCGGCACUUUUACUGUGACAAGUAAUGCGCAGCUCCUUUCCUGCAAUGGAGUUGCUAAUAGUGCAGUCUCUCACACAUCGAACAGUAAAAAAAGUUCAGUUGAUGCUAAAUGGACAGCCCCUACAUCUGGACAGCUUGGGGAUAUAAAAUUUGGAGCCACAUUUUUGAAAAGUUUUUCUACCUUUUGGGUUGGUGUCAAGAGUUCUACUGUGGCAUAUAAUGGUACAGGAACUUCUUCUGCAACUCCUACUGUGGCAAAUAAUGGUACAGGAACUUCUUCUGCAACUCCUACUGUGGCAAAUAAUGGUACAGGAACUUCUGCAACUCCUACUGUGGCAUAUAAUGUUACAGGAAAUUAUUCUGCAACCCCAAAUACUCUGACUGUUUCAUCAAAUCCUAAUUGUGGGAAAACCAAAGUCUGCUUCAGUCAGCCCAGCAACUGUGACCCAGCUGCCAACACAGGCUGUUACUUCAUGGCAGUUCAGACAACAUCUAUCCAAUCAGAAAUGAGGAUUGAAAUGUUUGGCCAGGCCAGUGGAUAUCUCGCCAUUGGGUUUUCAGAUGACCAGGAAAUGGGCAAUGAUGACAUCUACAUCUGUGGUAAAGACAGCAGCGGCAACCUCCAAGUGCAACAUGCUUUUUCUACAGGAAAAACAGCUCCAACUAUUCUCUCACUGGUGAAUGUGACUGAUAUCAAAACAGUGUUGAUGAAUGGAAAUAUCAAUUGUUCUUUUACUUCUCGUAAUGCUAUUAGCACGGGAAGUAGAGCAACGUCAGCUAGCGAGUACUACCUCAUGAUUGCUGCCGGACCCUCCGCCAGUCAAGGUAACAUCCAGAUCCACACAAGUCGAUAUGUCAGUAGUACAAAGGCUAAUUUACAGGUUCCAAGCCAGGUCAUUACAGAUGCUGAAGAAUUCCCAGCAAUUGUUAAAGCCCACGGCUGCCUUAUGUUAAUCUCCUGGAUGACCACAGGCAGUAUAGGGAUGCUCAUAGCACGAUAUUUAAAGGGAGUUGCCAAGGACCACGGUUGCUGUGGUAAAGAUUUUUGGUUUAUGGCCCACGUGUUUCUGAUGGUGCUGUCAGUCAUUGCCACGGCUAUUGCAUUCAUCCUGGUGUUUGCUUAUGAAAAGGACUGGAGUGGGGGGGCUCAUCCUGUCCUGGGCUGUUUGGUGAUGAUCCUCAGUCUUAUUCAGCCCAUAGUUGCUGCUUUCCGAUGUGAGCCGCAACAUGAACAGAGAUUUGUUUUCAGCUGGGCCCAUUCCUUCAUUGCUUUAGCUAUCAAAGGCCUCGCAGUUGCUGCAAUUUUCACCGGUCUGGCACUGUUUGAAGAAUAUGUUGAGGAUGGAUGGAUGUUGAAAGUUAUGGGAGGUUUUGUUACCUGGGAGGCUCUGAUGUAUAUUCUUCAAGAUCUUAACUUGCGCGCCAAGAAAAAAGAUUCUGAGAUUUGCAAUUUUGGAUCGACAAAACCUGAAACUGUCCUGCUUAUCCUGUUCAUUUUGGGAAACCUGCCCUUCUUGAUAGCACUUCUUGUUGGAAUCGGCAGGACUUAAAUAACCCCAACAUUCUAUGGCCUUGCUCACUGAUUUUAGGUUCACUUUGUGGCUCUUUUGUUGUAUGAGUUUGUAUAUAGGUAUCUGUCCAAUUAACUCAGUGUUCAUUUGGGAAUUCAGAUAAACUCAUCAUAAUCUCUACAUUAUUAUUAUUUUUUGUUCUUUUUGUUAAUAUGACAUUCUUUAUUAUUAAAGAUUUACUACUGUACCUUUGAGUAAGGAACAUUAGCAGAUUAC